UCAGCAAGACUCUACAGAAAAUCAAGAUUCCAGGCGUCUCGAAGAUUAUCUUCUCUGUAAAACAUACCUUCUGAAAUCGACGUGAGGUUGAGUCAGAGACAAAUCACCAAGAUGAAUAAAGCCGAUUAUUUGGCCUUCCCAGCCAUAGUGAGCACUCCAGGCCAGUAUAUUCACAUGAGAACAAUGUGGGAUGGUCACCAUUACAAAUAUCAUAUGGACAGAAUGAGAAAUGUAAAACCUAUGGUUGACAGCAAAGCUCCAAGAACCUACAUACACUGUCACCUGAAAAUGAAGAAAAUUCAGAUGGAGCAAGAGCGACUGAUGGAGGUGGAGAGGGACAACAGGCUGCUGGUCUCCAGAAUCGCCCGCACCAUGGCCAAAGGAGGCCUGGAUAACUGGAACCAGGAGUACGAGAUGUUGACCGAGAACAGUGGGACCACCGACCUGCGGAACAGGGAGCUGGUGAAGAUCUCCCUGGAGAACCAGGCCGUCCUCAAGAAGAUUAAGACCACCAAGCCCGUGUACGACCACAAGCACUGGCUCAACGACUUCAAAGUGACAAGAGAUUACAUGAAUCGGCUGAGAAAAUAUCCACAUAACAAUACUACGAAGGUGCGUCCUCUGGAAUUGAUUAACUGAGCGACAUCCAACAGCAAUGCAGCAAUUUACCCAUCAGCAAUUUACCCAUCAGCAAUUUAC